UCGGGGAAUGCCCCUAAAUAAUCUUCUGGUUUCUGCAAGUGUACUAUUUAGUGGUGCAACUUAUGCCAGCCUUGCUGAUUGGGCUGCACUGCUGAACUUACAGGUGCCAAAGAAAACCGCUUUCUAUUCAAUGCAGUCGUCAUACCUCAUUCCAGCAGUUAAUGCCACUUACAAACAAAAACAAGAUACGAUUUUGAAUGAGUUACUAGUUGAAAAUGCAUUACACACUGAGGUGCAUUUAUCAGGGGAUGGGAGAUCAGACAGCCCUGGGUUUUCUGCAAAAUACAACACAUACAGUCUUAUGGAUGACACGACGGAUAAAAUCGCACACUUUGAGUUGGUGCAGGUAACAGAAGCAUCUAGCUCAACGGCCAUGGAGCCCAUUGGGUUUAAAAGAGGCCUAAAUCAUAUUUUGGAGAAAGGCAUCAAAGUAGAUGUGUUGACCACUGACAGAUCUCCAUCCAUAAGAAAGAUAAUGCGGGUGGAAUAUCCAUUUAUUCACCAUGAAUUUGAUAUAUGGCACGUGGUGAAGGGGUUGCUAAAGAAAUUAUUAUCAUUGUCAAGAUACAAGGACAACAGAGAUCUCCAGCCCUGGAUCAAGUGCAUCUGCAACCAUUUGUGGUAUUGCUGCUCUAGUUGUGGAGGUGACCCUGAAGACUUAAUCUGGAAAUGGAAGUCAAUACUUCAUCACAUCUCUGGGGAACAUCGCUGGACCGAGGAUGGAAUACAAAAGAGAUGUCUCCAUCCUGACCUCAAUCCUGACCAACAGAGACGGAAGAGGUGGAUUAUUAAAGAGUCUCGUGCAUACCAUACACUGGAGAAAAUAGUUCUGGACAAAGGUAUUCUGAAGGACCUGCAGCAAAUGUCCCUGUUUAAGCAUACAGGCAAGCUUGAAGUAUUCCACUCCAUGCUACUCAAGUACUGUCCAAAGAACCUACACUUUCAUUAUUCUUCCAUGUUUGCUCGCACACAGCUUGCAAUUAUGGAUCAUAAUGAAAAUGUAAAUCGUCAACAGGCCACAACUGCCUCUGGAGUACAGCGCUACAAUGUUGUUUUUCCCAAGCACUCCAAGCAGUGGGUCGCAAAGAAACUGUUUAACCCAACCACACAAACAUUUCGAGAUGAACUGGUUAAUACGGUUCUGGAGUACCGAAGAAACCCAAACACUGCAGUUCCAGAUGAGUCAUCUGAUCGUACUAUUCCCACAUUACCUGCAAAUAUUGCAACAAAGCCAAAACCUGACAAAGAGGCUGCUAUUUCAAUGCACCAGUCCAGGUUUUCUAAGUAAAGCAUCUGCACAAUAUUUACAUAGACUCUUGUGCCUUACUGGGAACAAUAUUGUGCCAAAACUUGCCAAAGACGCUGCUAUUUCAAUGCACGAGUCAAGAUUUUAUACGUAAAGCAUAUGCACAAUGCUUUAUAUAGACUCUUAUGCCUUACUGUCACUUUGAUGAAAGUAUUAUUGGUCACUGCUCAUUUUCUUUUUUAGUUUUACGUUAUUUUUAUCUAACAUUUCAUUGUUUUCUUGUUUUUAUGUCAUGUUAGAGAACUGUUGCCUUGAAGUAAAAGCAUUGAUGUGACAAUAGCAACACUGUUUAGAAAUAAAAAAAAUUAUAAUGUUACUUUAUUUAAAAAGUUUGUGUAAUUAUUUAUUUAAGAACUUGAAACACAAUACUCAAAAUUUUUACAAUUUUUAUAAAAAAAAAACAUAAAUAAACAAAUCUUUAUCAGUAAAGUAAAAGUGUUUGAAUCAAUGUAUUUGUUGAAUUAAACAUUUAAAAAAAGGUAUAUAAAAUAUAUACAGUAUAUAAAAUGUGAGUCUAUGUUUGUGUGUAUAUAUAUAUAUAUAUUAUAUAUAUGAUGAUGUAGUAGGUAGCAGACUUGUACACUACAUCACGGCAAAGGCAUCAUCUGCUUCUCUGAAACCCACAUAGGAUCCAGACUGGGAUGGGUAUUUUUCCCUUAUGGCAAGAACAACACAGGAGGGAAGAACCUUGCGGUUUCCUUUUCCAAGUUUUUCCCCCUUCAGCAUCCAUUCAAGCACAACUCUGUAUGCUACCAGACGAAGUUGACUGUAAAAAAAAUGCAAUUUGUGAAUAAAAUAGAUCUGCCGCUCAUGUAA